AUGGUGCGCAAGGGCCGUACAAAGGAGAGCAUUGCAGGCGAGCGGUAUGACUCAAAUGCUAUCCCUGUAAUGCCACCAAUGCCAAGUCGUGUGAGGAGACAACCUGGUGGAUUUAAUCCAGCGGAUUUUAUGGGAAUGUUAGGUGGAGGUGGUGGAAUGCCAGAUAUGUCUCAAAUGAUGAACAUGAUGCAGGGAAUGGGUGGAAUACCACCUAUGAAUGGCUUACCUGGUAUGCCUGGAACGAUUGGAAUGAUGCCACCAAUGGAGAAGAUGCAAUCUAAGGCUAUUUACGUCUAUGGAUUGGCUGAGGGCAGUCCUACGUCGAGAUUCUUUACUUUCUAUCCAAAUUAUCUCGACAGCAAAAAGACGCUGCCUCAUGUACUGGAAUCGAGCAAAAAAUACCCACGGGAUUGGCUCGUGUCUGGUCGCAUUCGAGUGCGUCUCGUGCGUGACGAUGGGUCGUUAGAGAACCCUGAGAUUCCAAAUCGCAAGACACUGAUGCUUAAAAUGGCCGAGCUGAUUCCCAAGCUCCAGUCUCGCAGGGUGCGACUUGAGAAGGAGGCUGAGGAGGCCAAGAUUAAGGCAGCAACAAGUGCUGGACCGGUCACUAUGGCGUCUGGUAGCGGCAAGAAGAAGGGAAAGAAGAAAGGCAGGAAGUAA